AUGGCUAAGAUGAUUACGCAGAGAAUGAAACCAUUAAUGGAGAAUAUAAUAUCUGGCUCUCAGAGUGCAUUUAUUCCAGACAGGCUGAUUGCUGAUAAUAUUCUUGUAGCUGCGGAAGUGGGCCACUACUUGAAUAGGAAACAGUGCGGGGCUGUAGGUUGGAGUGCACUCAAACUUGAUAUGGCCAAAGCUUAUGACCGCAUGGAAUGGCCCUUCCUCCGUGGGACGUUAUUAGCUCUGGGCUUCGAUAAUAGAUGGAUUGAGUUGCUUAUGUUGUGUGUGACUACUGUGUCGUAUAACUUUAUGAUAAAUGGCUCUCGCAGUUCCUCCAUUACGCCCAUGCGUGGCCUCCGCCAGGGGGACCCAUUAUCUCCAUAUUUGUUUAUUAUCUGUGCGGAUGGGCUUUCAGUGCUAUUGCAGCAGGCGCAGAAUAGAGGUUUAAUACAUGGCUGCAGGGUUGCUAGGGGAGCACCGCCGAUCUCUCAUUUAUUUUUUGCAGAUGAUAGCCUACUAUUUUUCAGAGCAAAUAGACAGGAAGCAUCUGACAUAAAAAAUUGUUUACAGUUAUAUGAGAAUUUAUCUGGUCAGAAAGUAAAUUAUCAUAAGUCCAAUAUAUGCUACAGCAGGAAUACAGGACACACUAAUAAGGAUAUGGUGGCACAAAUACUAGGUGUUGCCCAAGCCCCCAACUUUGGGAAAUACCUAGGGUUACCUUCAUUUGUGGGUAGGAACAAGAAGGCUGCAUUUGCAUACAUAGAAGAUAAAAUCAAACAGAGGAUUGGAUCUUGGAACAAGAGGUUGUUAUCACAGGCUGGUAAGGAAAUUUUGUUGAAAAGUGUGGCUCAGGCAAUGCCAACAUUUUCAAUGAGUGUUUUUCUUUUACCCAUAUCUGUUUGUACAGCUAUUGAACGUGUUAUGAAUCGGUACUGGUGGGCGUCGGGUACGGAUCGUGGCAUUCACUGGAACGCCUGGGAUAAAUUGUGUGUCCCAAAGAAACAUGGUGGACUGGGGUUUAAAGAUUUAAGGGCAUUUAAUUUGGCAAUGUUAGGAAAACAGGCAUGGAAGCUGCUCACUAACACUGACUCAUUGGUAGCCAAGGUUUAUAAAGCUAGAUAUUAUCCAAAGGAUACUUUCCUAGAGGCAACUAUAGGAAAUAAUCCAAGCUUUUGUUGGCGCAGUAUCAUGGCGGCUAAGGACCUAGUAUGUGGCGGUAUAAGAAGGCGAAUUGGGAAUGGGAAUUCUACCUUAAUAUGCGAGCAUCCCUGGCUGCAGGAUGAACUGGAUCCUAUGAUUCACACAGAAAUGCCACAGUACCUGUCUGGGGCCAGAGUGGAAGGAUUAAUUGAUCAAGAUACGGGCACCUGGGAUUCGCAUAUACUAGCUGAUAUUUUCCAACCGAGUGAUAUACCCAGAAUUCAGAGUAUACCAGUUGCCCCUGAGUAUGAUGAUAUAUGGUAUUGGUAUGGUGAUCCUAAUGGAUGUUAUUCAGUCAAGAGUGGUUACAGCUGCAAUUUUAUAUCAUCUAUGGAGGGUCCGAAACGGAGCGGUAUGGGAUGUCUGUCUACCAAGGCCAACGAAAUUAUUAACAAUUGCAGCAGCUACAAUGAAAGCAUGGAAGGAUCUCCAUCAUCGUGCCCCAUCACAGCCCCGAGCUGCUGCCCACCAUCCUACUGCCGAGCAGCCUCCACCGACGCCAGCUGCACCGAACGCCGACGCUGCCGAAACCGCACUGCCUCCGCCGCACGCCAGCUUGCCGGAAGUCACGCAUGGGAGGUGAUGAAGCCCGUCAAAUGCUAUAUGGACGCAAGCUAUCACCGAGGAACCAAUGCAGCAGCUGCUGGUGCGGUACUCCUCGACGCCAAUGGCCGCUACAUAUCUGCUUUCAGCACCCCAUUAGUAGGUUGCCACUCCCCGCUCAUGGCCGAGGCUUUUGCAUGCAAGGAAGUAUUAUCAUGGCUUAAAAGGAGGAAUGAAUUAUCUAUACAGAUUCAUACGGAUUGUCAACUACUGCAGUGCUAUUUAUCUGGACCACCAGCCACAUCACGCUCAUAUCUAGGUUAUGCUAUCGAUAGUUGCAGAACCUAUAUUUCUACUUUUACUUACUGCUCAGUAAUUUACAUUCCUAGAUUACAGAAUUUAUUAGCUCAUACUUUAGCUACUACAGCACUUAGUUUCGCUACUGAUAUGUACUAG